UUUUUUUAAGAAAAAAAAAAGAAAAAAAAAAAUGUCAACACUAGUUGAAGACGUACUUCGAUUAAUAUUAGAAGAACUAAAAUAUGAUAGAAUAUCACUUCAUUCAUGUAUUUUAGUUAAUAAAACUUGGUGUAAGAUGACGGUACCAAUUUUAUGGAAAAAUCCUGGACAAAAUCUUUUAAAUGAUAAUUCAAAGAAUUUAUUAUUCAAUAUAAUAAUUUUACAUUUAUCAAAUGAAUCAAGAAAUUUUUUAAAGAAACAAGAAAUCGAUCUUUUUAAAGAUAUAAUUGAAUCAUAUAAACAUCCUUUAUUAUUUAAUUAUAUAAGUUAUUGGAGAUAUUUAAAUAUACAUCUUUUAAAAAGUAUGAUAGUUUCAAUAAAAAAUAUUAAAAAUUUUGAUAAAACUGAAAUACCUAUUAUAAGAAAUGAAAUAUUUAAUUUAUUUAUUAAUAAUAAUAGAAAUACAAAAUUUUUACGUCUUUGUUUUCCUCAACAAUUUGAUUAUCAAUUACAUCGUAUUUCAGGGGCUGAACAUUGUUUUUCAAAACUUGAAUCAUUUCGUUGUUAUGCAAAUACCAAUAAAUAUAUUUUAGAAGGUUUAGCAGGGAUAAGUAAAUCUAUUAAAAAAUUAAUAUUUGAUAUUAUGUAUAGUAUUAAUUCUGGAAUAAUUAAAUUAAUUGAAGCACAAAAUAAUUUAAAGGAAGUUCAUUUUAUUGAUCAUACAAUAAAUUUAAGAGAUGAAUCUUUUAGUAGACCACUUGAAGAAUCAUUAAUUAAACAUGCUAAUACUAUACAAUAUUUAAGAAUUGAUUGGAAACCUAAUACAGAAAUUCUUUCAUAUCUUGUAAAUUUAAUAAGUUUAGAUAUAAAUUUAAGUUUAGUGAGAGAUAUAAAUUGGAAUCAUUUAGAAAAAUUAUCUUUACCAUUAUUAAAAUUUUUAAGAACUCAAAAAGUUCCAUCUAGAAUUUUAUCAAAUAUAAUUGAAAAUACAAAAGGUUACCUUACUGAAAUUAGUAUACUUUAUGAAGGUAUUAAUGAUAAAAAACUUAUUCCAACAAUUUAUCAUAAUUGUCCAAAUCUUAAAUAUCUUAAAUUAUCAUUAUCUGUUAGAAAUAUUAUAGAAUUUGAAAAUUUAUUAAAUAAUUGUCAACUUUUAAAUGGAUUAGUUGUUGAUAUAUAUGAUCAUAUUAUUAAAUUUGAUUGGGAUAAAUUAUUUAAAAUAUUAUCAAAAUCUUCACCAAUUAGUUUAAUUAAAUUUAAAUUUUCUUCUAAUAGAAUAAUUUCUUUGGAAACUUUAAAAUUAUUUUUUGAUAAUUGGAAAAAUAGAAAUCCAAUGUUUUUACAUAUUAUUCCAAUGUAUUGUUUUACAAGAGCUGAACAACGAAAACAAAAACAACAAGAAUUACAACAAUUAGAAAAUUUAAUUAAAGAAUAUAAAGUGAAAGAAAUGAUUAAAAGAUAUUAUGUUGAUUCACAUGGUUCUGCAUUUGAAGAUUUUGAGUGGAUUCAAAGAAGAUCUGAUGCUUACAUUGAAUUUUAGAAAUAAUUAUUAAAUGAUGAAUAUAAUCAUACAUUCAAUUUGUGUUUUGAUGUGAUAAGCGGGAUAAUUAGUUUAAAUAUAUAAUUAUUUUAUGAACAGAAAAUUUAUUUAGGAAAUAAUUUUAAUAUAUUUAUGUAUGUAUGAUAUUUUCUUUAUUAAAUAAAACAAAA